AUGUGGGGGGUCAUCAAGUGGCUCAUUAGCUACAUCCUUGGCGGGAUCAGCUUCGUCGCCAUCCUCGUUGGCGCAGUCUGGUAUCUCACCUUGGUUUAUGGGUCGAUUCCCAUCGGGGACCCGGACAUUCUGAAGCGUGACAGGAUGAGGAUCGAGCAAGAAUCGCUCAAGGAAGCCGCGAAGCGCAACGGACCCCCCGACGACUUGAAAGUGUCGAUCCAAGGAUGGCUCACCGUCCGUCGGUCGUUCGGAAACACUACCGAAAAUGGCCAGGACGUCUUGACCAACAACCCGCCCGACGCUGUCGACAAUGUCAACGACCACCACAACCCAUCCAAGCUACCCGUCACGACGCGCAUCGCGCAGGUGUACCGCACCUAUCGCGAGGUCUCGACCAAGGCAGAAUUCCCGCAAGACACGUUAUUUGUGCGCCUUAGGGGCUCACUACUCUUCAUCGACCAGGUCAAGGACGAUUGCAAGAGCAAGGUUCAGCCGUUCGGGUCCGAUCCCGACCUUGAAUACUUGGAGAGCCUAGUCGUUCUCAACCUGGAGCGCUACAAGAUCACCAUCGAGACUCGGCAGGGCGCCGCAGGCUUAACCGAGGGCAAGCUGUUCAACAAGCGCUCCGCGCUGGUUCUCCGCCUCGUCGAUUCCGAUCCAUCUAAGGAGAAGGAAGGACUGCCGGGCAUGAGCUCGACCAGCAACCAGCUGACGCUUGACGAGGAGGUUGCCCCGUGGUUCCUCCAGUGCAAAACACCUGUUAAGACUGAGGACUGGUAUCUCAAAAUCCUCUCCAGGACCCACGCGCAUCCCUCGUACUCCACCGUGUGGUCGCAAGACCACAUGAAGUGGUUUAUCAAGUCGGUCCAGGAGGCGAGGGAGAGCGACCCUUCCAAUCUUGACUGGCUCAACGCCUUCGCUGGCCGCAUCUUCCUUGGCAUCACCCACACCUCGCUGGUUGAGCAAGCCAUUUGCGAUAGAGUCACCAAGAAGCUCACUGCUCUCUCCCAUCCAAUGAUUGGCCCGCUGGUGGCCACCGAGGCGAACUUGGGUCACAUUCCACCCACAUUCUCGCGCGUGAAGCUCAAGGAGCUUGGCCGCGAUGGCACCAUCUCGUUUCAAGCUCACAUGGACUACAGCCGGCCAGCUGGUUUGCAUGGCGACGGCAUUCGCAUCACUAUGGAAGCGCCCAAGAUCGGGUUCAAGGCCGUCCUGGCCAUUAUAAUCAAGAGCCUCUCCAGCGACGUCAAGGUCCUGAUCAAACCGCCUCCUAGUGACCGCAUCUGGUGGGCAUUCACGCGACCUCCCAAGAUGGACAUGGUCAUCGAGCCCGUUCUGGGAGCUCGUCAGCUCAACUGGAGCUGGAUACUUGCCUUCGUCGACAAGAAGAUCCGCGAUGCCAUGGUCGAGUCUGUUGUACUGCCCAACAUGGACGACUUGCCGUUCUUCAACACCAUGAACAUGCCUGUCCGCGGCGGCAUUUUCAACGUCGCGAGCAAGUACAAGGCUAACGCGGCCGAGGAGACUGGUUCCGACUCGGCGAGCAUCAGGUCGAACAAGUCGGACAAGUCCGUAAUGUCGGUACAGACCACGCACACCUCAAGCACGAUGGCGACGUCCGUGACGCAAAACAGCACCAGUAGCGCGCCAGCCGUGUCUUCUUCCAAGCAUCCUGGUCUCCGCUACAGGAACAACAGCGGUCCGCACACGGUUAACGAGGUGCUCGAGAGGAAGGGCCCCGGCCGUGCCAAUACUUCACCGUCGGUGACGCAACCGACGCGCAAGAAGGCAGCGUCGUCGUUCAGGGUGUCCAGUUCCUCCCGUCCGUCUUCGGUCCGCACUGACUCUGUUGCUACCGCUGCAACGGAUUCCACUUGGUCUGUCAGCGACAAGCCUCGAACCAACAGCACAGACUCCAGCUCUGCGCGUACAGCAGACUCGCCCGUGAACGAGGCGACCAAGUCUUCGCCAGCAUCCCUCGUCGAGCGCCCAGUCCUGUCCAUCCAGGAGACGAACGACACCCCGCGCAGCCUCACGCCCAACGAGAGAGAGAGUCUCUCUACCGAGGUAGAUCGCUCACAGGUGCCGGACCCAGGUACAGAGAAUGUCUCUGGAGGGGUUACGGGUGGCGUGACAACAACUUCUCUUAUGAAUGCUGUCCGUGCACGCGAUAAGGCUCAGCUCCAGACCCAAGCCAACAUUGCAAAGGAGGGCAUCAAGAAGUGGGGAGUUAACUUUGUCAACAACCGCCGGCGUCCAACGCCAGACACACAUCCUGACGAAGACGGUGGCGCGCAUGCACACCACACUUCGGCCUACUACGCCCCGUCGGCGGAAGAGAGAGAGCACCAGCAGCAGCACGCACUGCACCACUCCCCCCGUACCUCGCUGCAAGACCGACUCAACGCUGCAGCGCACGCCAACGCAGCCACAAGGCGGAGUGAUGCUUCAACGAAGUCGAGUACAGUGACUGCUGUCGCCUCUGUCGACUCGCAGGACAGUGUCUCAUCUCCGUCCUCCUCCACACCCGUUUCAGAUGGAAGUAUGCCAACCAAUGGGCCACUCAUCAAGGGCGUGCCUCGCCCGCUUCUUCCUCCACGUCCAGCAGAAUUGCACGGCACUUCGCCGCCAGCCUCAGUCCAACCUCCUGCGGCACGCAUGGUCGUCCCGUCCGUGCCUAAGCGAGCGGGAGUAGUCACAGGCAUCGGACACAACCCAGCAGCUACGUCCCCCGACGCAGUCAACCAGGUCAGCGCCGUUGCGGCCAAGCCCAGCCGCUGGGAGGGCGCGGACUCGGAAUCGGGGCGCGUCAAGUCGGCCCCGCCUGACCCCGAGGUCGCGGCGUACCGGGCACUCACUCCCCAGCCCGCGGUCACCGCAAGGUCUGUCACAGCACGUAUCGCUAGCGCGGAUGGCCAGUCGCCGGCACGCCAGUCACUCCUUGGACAUGUUCGCAGCACUAGCAACAGCAACAGCACUGGUACAAGUAACGGGAACAGUAACGGCAACGAUAACUUGGACGCAUAG